ACCAGCCAUCACUUGGCCAGGGUUCGUGCAACUGUUCAAAGACCACUACAUACCAAUGUCUUAUCGGAUCGAGCAACAGAGGGAAUUCCUUAUGAUCAGGCAGAAGUGGGGAAGUGAAAAAAGAGAAACAGUGGCGGAGUACACAUCCCGGUUUGAUAAACUGCUCCCUUAUGGGGGGCCACAGUUCCAGGAUGCUGAGAUUCAACGAAGUCACUACCUAGAGAGCCUGAAGCCUACCCUUAAGAGGGACCUGAGUGCACAUGUAUGGAACAGCAGAGAGGAGAUUUAUCAGGCAGCCCUCCGAGUGGAAAGGGUAGAACAGAGCUUGUACGAAGAAAGGGUACAACGAGAUGGUCAUAAGAGAAAGGCUAUGAGCUUCCCAGAGGGACCGAGACAGAUGAGUCAGAUCAGGAGGAGGCCGAAUGGUCCACCCAGUUAUGGAGGCACUCAAAGCCGGGCUGGUUCGACUAUGCCGGGUCCGACCUAUAGUAACAGGGGUCCUUGCAACCAGUGUGGGAAGAUUCAUCCGGGAGAAUGCAAGCUUCACUUGGGGGUCUGUUUCCACUGCAACGAACCAGGCCAUUUUGCCAGAGAAUGCCCUAAGAAGGGAGGGCAAGGGAGGACUCAGUCUGAACAGUCUGUUCGUGGUGGAGGAGGCAAAACUCACACCGGGUACCAGUUUGGCAAUCAGCAAAAUCGAUCUUUCAACAACAAUGGAGGAAAUGUUGGGCGGUCCAUCCGUAAUGAUAGGGGCCAGGGGUCUCAAGCAGCUGGGCAACCAAGGAUCUUCGCCAUGAGGAGAGAAGAGGCUGAUGCUGCACCUGAAGUGGUGACGGGUCGUAGAGGAGGAGCUAGGGAGCAUCCAGUCGAGGAGCAUCCAGUGAGAGAGCAGGCUACCAGAGGAGGACCACGUGAGCACUUCUGAAGAUGUCUGACCACGGAUCGGAGUAAGCAGCAUUUGUAAUCUUUAGUUAUUUGCUUUAUGAUUAUGAGUAAUGACUGGAGAUUUAAAAGGAUAAGAAUUUAUGGUUUGAGGUUUGCCCAAAUGUUAGGGCUUUGCUUAUGAAUUAUAACAAUUUCUUUUCAGUAUUGGUAUUUCGAGC